AUGAAAUCCUGCAAAGCCAACUCCCUGGAUUCCGCCGUGGAAUCUGAGCCCCAGUGCAAAGGUGGCGUCGAGUGCGCAGGGAAGGGCAGCUCGGAAAGAAUGGAGAAUGCUGCCCGGCGGAGGCUGGCGGCCAAUGCCAGGGAGAGGCGGCGUAUGCAAGGACUCAACACGGCUUUUGAUCGCCUGCGGAAAGUGGUCCCCCAGUGGGGCCAGGAUAAAAAGCUCUCUAAGUACGAAACGCUGCAGAUGGCCCUCAGUUACAUCAUGGCUUUGACCCGGAUCCUGGCUGAAGCGGAGCGAUACAGCACAGAGAGGGACUGGAUUCACCUUCAUUGCGAGCACUUCAAUCAGGACAGCUACCACGCCCUCGUGGGACCCAAGCUGCCCGGAGAGAGUGAGCACUACGCCCAAAGACUCUUCGGCUAUCAGCCUGAACACUUUCAAAUGGCCAAUUAA